GGGUGAGGAAAUUCCGGCGCGCGGUAGGUUUUGCGUCAUCGCCGCGCGCCGCACUCCGGGAGGGGCCGGGCCGGGCCCCGGAGGCGGCUGCGGGCGGCGCCGGGACCGAUGGGGGUCGGGGCCGAGGAGCCGGAAGAUGGCGGAUGAGGCUGUGGGAGCCAGCAGUGCUGAGGAGUUCAAAGCCAGCGCGGAGCAGCUCCCGCUGAUGCCCAAAUGAGGAAGCAGUGCCAUUUAGUUCUCCUGGGACACCACAAAGCAAUAUGAAACCUGCUCAUGAGAGAAGCCAGGAAUGCCUUCCCCCAAAGAAACGAGACCUUCCUGUCACCAGUGAGGAUGUGGGGAGGGUAGCCAGCUGCUCUACCAAUCACACACCGGUGAGCGCUACCCCAGAGUGGUGCAGGAGCGUGGUGGUGACUGGGCAGAGCCAAGCACCGUUACGAUACAGCCUUGGCAGUGAUGGUGAUCAAGCAGUAGCUGGCCUGACUGUGGAUCAAUAUGGCAUGUUAUACAAAGUGUCUGUGCCUCCAGCCACCUUCUCUCCCACUGGCCUCCACCCAGUUGUGAACAUGAGUCCUCUGCCCCCUAGCUUUAAUGUAACCUCUUCCCUGAUCCAGCAUCCAGGGAUUCCAUAUCCCCCCAUCCACUAUGCUCAGAUUCCCUCUACGUCUCUUCAGUUUAUAGGGUCACAUUACACAGUGCCCUAUGCUGUGCCCCCCAGCUUCCUCCCUAGUCCUCUUCUAUCACCUUCUACCAACCUCACCACCUCUCAUGUUCCCCGUUUUGUGCCAUAUGCCUCUCUUUUUACAGAAGACGCCACUCCUUCCCCCCAGACUACCUCUCCUUCCCAUGCUUUCAGCAAAGCUGCCGCUGUCAUCUCCCCUUCAGGCCAAAUGCAGCACCAUGCUGGAGUCCAGCCACUGGACAUCACACAGAGUAGAGUUCCUGUGUAUUACCAGAUGUCUCGGCUCCCACCAGGGUAUUCAGCAUAUGAGACCUCCACUGUAGGAGGAAGCCCAGAUCCUCCUCUGCAAGAAAGUCAACUGAGUUCAGAGGUAGCCUCUGCCAAUGGUGGACAGAGACAUCUGGAGCAUAGUGUGGUGAGGAGGACCAGUGAGGCUUUGGCCUCUGCCAGCAAUAAAGCUGAAGGCCCGCAGCCUGGGGCUGCAGUGCAGUGUGUGGUGGAUGGACAGCUCUUUUCAGGUUAUCAGACUCUGAGAACAGAGGACUCUGUACCAGCUCACAGAAGCACGCCAGACACUGACUUGGAGGUGCAGAGAGUGGUUGGGGUGUUGGCUUCUCAGGAUUACUCGAUUCUGGCAGCCCAGAGAAAGGAUGGCCUGAGCCCUUUAAACCUUUGCCAUAAUAUCCCUGAUGAGCAUGGGGACUCCAGGGGCUUGCUGAGGAACCCAGUGGAAACAGCUGAGAAAAACCAGGCCAGGAGUCCAUAUGUGAUGUCCCCUGAGGAGCCGGUUAGACACAGACAGUUACCCAAAGGAAUGGUGGUAGCCAAUGGCAAGCCAGUCUUGGUGCGUAUUGGGUCUGAGCCCAUCAGGUCUUCUGCUUCAGAAAUCCUGAUGAGACAGAGUCCAGAUGCACAGACCCGUGGAAGCUCACGUGACAAGGACUCAGCCCAGUUGCAGCCCCCCAGCUCCUCACAUCUGCCCUCCCAUUUCAUGAAAGGAGCCAUCAUACAGCUGGCCACAGGGGAGCUGAAGCGGGUAGAAGACCUGCAGACCCAGGACUUUGUGCGGAGUGCUGAGGUUAGCGGGGGCCUGAAGAUUGACUCCAGCACAGUGGUGGAUAUCCAGGAGAGCCAGUGGCCUGGGUUUGUCACACUGCAUUUUGUGGUUGGGGAGCAGCAGAGUAAAGUGAGCAUUGAUGUACCCCCUGAGCAUCCCUUCUUCGUGUAUGGCCAGGGCUGGUCCUCCUGUAGCCCAGGGCGCACUGCUCAGCUCUUUGCUCUGCCCUGUCACAGGCUGCAGGUGGGCGAUGUCUGCAUAUCAAUCAGUUUACAGAGCUUGAAUGGCAACUCUGCUUCUCAGGCUAACUGCCCUCUUGCAGGCCAGCUGGUGCCCACCAGAGAGAGGCCCGAGAGAACAGGGCAGGGACCCAGAGAGCCAUCUGACAGAGCCAGUGAGAGGAAGAAUCAGACAGAAAGGGACAGUGCAGCCCAGAUUUCCUGUACAGAGCCCUCCCAGCCUGACCCUGGUGCUCAGCACUGCUGGACAGCCCCAGGCUUCCAAAGAUACAGCUUGCAGGGGGAGGAGUCUCAUCCGUCCCUGCUUCGUCCCUCUUUCAUUCCACAGGAGGUCAAGCUGUCCAUCGAAGGGCGUUCUAAUGCAGGGAAGUGAUCUCUUUAAGGCCACAACCUGGGAUGUCACCCAUGAGUGAGCCUCACUUUUUUCAGGUGGAGAAUUUGCACAGACUGAGUGGUGGGUUCACCAGCCCAGCUGCUCUUUGCCGUGCAGAGCUGGAUUUGUUCCAGUUCAGUUGUUGAUCAUUGAGGAAUCUAGAGGGCUCCAGUCCUCAGGGAGCAGCAGCAAUGGGCUAACUAAGGAUGGAGGACGGGAUGUGGUUGUGAUCGUGUGACUAGAAGCAUUCCAGAGGUUGGGACUUUCACACAUCUGUCUUAGUGCCCGAGUUUCCUGCAGGGCAGGGUCUGAGCAUUCAGGAUGGGUGGGGGAGUCAAGAAGAGCAGACCCAAAAAGCCACAGCUUAAGGUAGCAGAUAAAAUGUCUGAAGUUCUUAUUCCUCUUUUCGUGGUGGGAAGGGGUGAGCCCUCACUGGGAUUCAGGGGACACUGCUCUCAGCACCCCCUUUCUUCACACAUGCACUUUAAAAGGAAACUUCUUCACAAAUGGAGCUGUUUGUGAGAUGGGGGUGGAGAUGCAGGUGCUGCUCUGGUGGCCUCUGCUUGAUGUGUCUCCUCCACUGAAUCCUAUUGGGCUUUCUUCUAGCAAAGCAUCUGUAGAAAGAGACUGCAGUGAAUAUUAGAAAUUGGAGAGGAAGGUCCUAGAGGAUGGAUAGGGAGUGAUUGAACAGGGAACUGGGGAAGGGCCUACAGCAGCUGGAAUAGGGCAUGAGUUGUAGUUGGUUCCCCGCUAUACAGAUACCUAUGUAAUUAUUUGUCACCAAAGCAAAGUCUAAUUAUAGCAUUUCCUAGUGGUAAUUGCUGUAAUAAAGGUGAUAUGAAGACUGCAUUUUAAAGCUUUCUUCACAUGUCAUAACUUUCUUUAAAAAAUCUCCUUUUGGGCUUAAACUUUCUUUCCAUUCUUGGAUUCAGACUAGCUGAAUUUUUGGGAGGAAAACUGAGCCAAAAUGCUUUUAAGUUGCUCUUUAGAUGAGGAUGAAAAUGUAUUCUUCCACUGUGAAAAGACUGACACUUGUGUGCAUCAAUAAAUCAAAAUUGGCUGAACUACUCCAGACAAAAACUUUCCAGGUGGCUAAUUGCUCCUUCCAGGGUAAUUUGUUUAAAUAUAACAAUUAUAAAUGAGAAAAAUGUGUGUGCAGGCAUGAUACAAAAUUUCUACUAACUUCAGAGUCUACUGAUCACAGGACUAUGGCAUAACAUGCGCAAUAUCUUUGGGCAGUUUCGUAGGUGUCCUUUUACACUGGAUGCUCUGGUGCUUCACUGAGGAGUUCCACUGCAGAACUACACAGUGAAAUUGAGAGAUGAAUCUUUUUCUUAAACAAUGAUGUGUAGAACAGUUUUUAAUACAUUAUUAUGGUAAUAACACUCCGUCCAAGUGAAAGUACUUAUAUUCACACUAACUUGCUCACUCCGGACAUUCUUAGUAUCAAGUCACCUCUGACUGCACAAGAAGAAAUCCAGAAUAGGCCAACCAGGUGGUGAGAAUGAGAGAACCUUCACUUUAGCAUAUCCUGACUUUUAAGUAUUCCUCAUUGUAUUACAGUCAACAGUUUUUGUAUUCAGAACAUGCCUGCGUAGAGGUGUUAGUAUCUUUGAGGAGUGCAUGCACCUCAAGCUUCGAGCUGGGUUCCUGAUGGUGUCUCACUCCAGUUCUAUUUCGCAUCUUCUUGCUUUCUCUUCCUCUUGUUUUUUCCCUCAGUUUCCAUCUUCCCAAACACUGCUCCCUGGAGUGCUUGGCUGUUGGGCGCUAUUUUUAUUCCGUCUCUCUGAGUAGCUUGGGUAUCAAUGCCUCCAGCUGGUGAACAGUCUGCACCUUUUAUCUUCCUCCACAACCUUUAUUGUUCUGCUCAGCUUGCAGUAGUUGUGACUCCUAA